CAAAAGAAGAAGAAAAGACACGGGACAACAAAGAUGGCGUCUGCGGCGGCUACCCGAGGAGCCAGCGGUGCAGUUAAAGUGGUUAAGCCAAUUUUCAGUCGCGAUUUGGAUGAGGCUAAACGUAGAGUCAGGGAAUUGUACCGAGCGUGGUACCGAGAGGUGCCAAAUGCAGUGGCGAUAUAUCAACUGGACGUGACGGCACGCCAGGGCCGAGAGAAACUGAGAGAGAUGUUUCUCAUGAACAAGCACGUCAAAGACCCCCGAGUCAUCGAUAUGUUAGUCAUUAAGGGUAAGAUGGAGCUUCAGGAGACUAUACAGGUCUGGAAGCAGAAGACUCACGUGAUGCGGUACUUCCAUGAGACAGAGACACCACGACCUACAGACUUCCUGUCUAAAUUUUAUGCUGGACAUGAUCUUUGAACUCGAUAUUCUAAGCAUAUCUGUACAGAAAGUACUUAAGUCAUGAAUGAACUUACUGACUGUAAAUAUACACUUAACACCGAU